CUGAUGAAGAAUUUGAUGAACUUUGCUUCGAGUUUGGUUUGGAGCUUGAUGAAGUUACAUCUGAGAAAGACAUUAUAAGUAAAGAAAAGGGUGAAGAAAAGGCAAAGGGUGCAUCUGAUACCGUUCUCUAUAAAAUUGAUGUUCCUGCCAACCGUUAUGAUCUUCUUUGUCUUGAAGGGCUGGUCCGAGGACUGCAGGUCUUUAAAGAAAGGAUAAAUCUCCCUAGGUACGAAAAGAUAAUACCAGCUCAGGGUGAAGGUCAGAGGCUGAUUAUCGCUGAAGAGACUGUCCAAGUCCGUCCUCAUGCUGUAGCUGCAGUCCUUCGUAAUAUAACUUUUACCAAGGACCGUUAUGAUAGUUUCAUUGACCUCCAAGAAAAACUACACCAAAAUAUUUGCAGGAGAAGAGCGUUAGUAGCAAUAGGUACCCAUGACUUGGACACCAUCUCUGGUCCAUUUACUUAUACAGCUAAACCACCUUCUGAAAUUAAAUUCAAGCCCUUGAAUCAAUCCCAGGAGUACACAGCUUCACAAAUUAUGGAUCUGUAUAGGACUGACAGCCACCUUCGGCACUAUUUACACCUAAUUGAAAACAAGCCACUUUAUCCUGCCAUUUAUGACAGCAAUGGUGUUGUUCUGUCCAUGCCACCAAUCAUCAAUGGAGAUCAUACAAAAAUAAGUGUAAACACCAGAAAUGUGUUUAUUGAAUGUACAGGCACAGAUAUUACAAAGGCAAAAAUUGUUCUUGAUAUUAUAGUCACGAUGUUUAGUGAAUAUUGCGAGAAGCCAUUCACUGUUGAAGCAGCAGAAGUAGUUUAUCCUAAUGGGAAGACCCACAUCUAUCCGGAACUGGCUUACCGAAAAGAGAAAGUGAAACCUGAACUCAUUAACAAGAAAAUAGGAAUCAGUGAAACUCCAUCAGGCCUUGCAAAGCUGCUGACUAGGAUGUGUUUGAAGUCACACGUCAUAGGGAAUGGGAACAAUAUAGAGGUUGAAAUCCCUCCUACCAGAGCGGACAUUAUCCAUGCAUGUGAUAUCAUAGAAGAUGCAGCAAUAGCUUAUGGUUAUAACAACAUUCAGAUGACUAUUCCGAAAACGUACACCAUAGCUAAUCAACUCCCCCUCAAUAAGCUCACAGAACUUCUGAGACUGGACUUGGCAGCUGCUGGAUUCACUGAAGCACUCACUUUUGCCCUGUGUUCUCAAGAAGACAUUGCAGAUAAACUUGGCAUGGAUAUCUCUGCAACAAAAGCAGUGCGCAUAGCAAACCCCAAAACUGCAGAAUUUCAGGUGGCACGUACAACCCUCCUUCCUGGGCUGCUGAAAACUAUUGCUGCUAAUCGAAAGAUGCCCUUGCCUCUCAAACUCUUUGAGAUUUCUGACAUUGUAGUAAAAGAUCCCAAUGCAGAUGUAGGUGCGAGAAACUACAGGCAUUUCUGUGCAGUUUAUUACAACAAGAGCCCAGGGUUUGAGAUUAUCCAUGGUUUGCUGGACAGGGUCAUGCAGCUUCUUGAAGUACCACCAAAUGAAGAGAAUGGCUACACAAUCAAGGCGACUGAAGGCUCUGCUUUCUUUCCUGGUCGCUGUGCUGAGAUCUUUGCCAAAGGUCAAAGCAUUGGGAAACUUGGAGUCCUACACCCUGAUGUUAUCACCAAGUUUGAACUUACCAUGCCAUGCUCUGCCCUAGAAAUCAAUAUUGAGCCCUUCAUAUGAAGAUGGGAGUUUUCUCCUCCUCCAGCCAUCCACUGUCACAUGCAGCAUCCUCUGCUUUUUUGCCUUCCUCUCUGGGAAACAUCCACUUACGCUUUUAUGUUCCAAUAAACUA